CUUAUUGAACUCUAUGUUUAUCUCUUGAUGUUUGUCUUAAAGAUCUGAGAUUGACUUGUAUAUUUCAUUGUUUUUUGUGUGUGUUUGUGGGUUCGUCUGUUUAUUCUCGGAUCUCACCAUUUUAAUUUUGCUCAAGAUCACAUAGAACAAUGGUGAAAGCUGUUGCCGUACUUAGCUCUAGUGAGGGUGUCAAGGGAACAGUAUAUUUUGCCCAGGAAGGCGAUGGUCCAACUACUGUAACUGGAACCCUUUCUGGCCUUAAGCCUGGGCUUCAUGGAUUCCAUGUUCAUGCCCUUGGGGACACCACAAAUGGUUGCAUGUCAACUGGACCUCAUUUUAAUCCUGCUGGCAAAGAACAUGGUGCCCCAGAGGACGAGAAUCGUCAUGCUGGUGAUCUAGGAAAUGUCAACGUUGGUGAUGAUGGCACUGUUAGCUUCACAAUUGUCGACAAGCAGAUUCCUCUUACUGGACCAGAUUCAAUUGUUGGACGGGCUGUUGUUGUCCAUUCAGAUCCUGAUGAUCUUGGCAAGGGUGGGCAUGAGCUGAGCAAAUCCACUGGAAAUGCUGGUGGCAGAGUAGCUUGCGGUGUAAUUGGUCUCCAAGCAGCAUGAAGUGCCUCGACAUGGACAUGGACUAUAAUAGAUACAUGAUAUGAUGUUGAAGAUACUUAUAGUCCAUCAGUGCCUUAAGAGUAAAUUACCCGAAUAAAAAGGCUGAAACUUUGUUUUGUAUUUUGGUUGGAUGGUUAAAUUGUGUGAUCUGUUUGUCUCAUUUUUAAUGAAUUCCUAUCAUGUUCUUAA